AUGAACGGUGUAAUAGAAGCAUUGCACAUCUACGAUGAGCACAAUCGUGCGAUUCUCUCCAACAUCUACACCUCCCGGCCGCUCUCCGCAAACCAUCUUCUUCCACUCUACCUCGAGCAUCCAACACCGAGACCGAACCUGAUCUACUUACCAAACACCAACCCUCCAACCCUUGUUUUUACCACUAGUUCGUCCGAAAUAGAACCGCUUCUCGUCCUCGAGUUUCUCCAUCGCGUCAUCGAUGCCCUCGAAGAGUUUCUCGGCGCCCCCGUGCUUGCGCAUAAGAUCGAAGCAAAUUACGAUGUCGUCGCCCAACUAUUGACUGAGAUGUGCGAUGCCGGCACCGUUAACACCACCGAGCCGAAUGCUUUGAGAGACUUGGUAGAAGUGGAGGGGCUGCUAGGGAAACUACUGGGAAGCAUUAACCUACCUGGCAAAUCUCCGAGUGCCGCACCUGUGCCAUCCCUCUUAGCUCAAAGUGCGCCGGCUCUACCUUGGAGGCGAGCCAAUGUGCGGCAUACGUCUAACGAGCUUUAUGCCGACAUUGUUGAGACUCUAUCCGUUACACUAGCACCAUCUGGGAGACCGAUUGCUGCAUUUGCGAAUGGGACCAUUGCCUUUACCUCCAAAGUGUCCGGGGUUCCAGAUAUUCUCGUGAACAUUACGGGACCCUCUGGAAAACACAACUUGCAGAGUGUUAUGGAACUGCCAGUAUUUCAUCCAUGCGUGCGAUUAAACAGGUGGAAGGAUUGCCCCGGUGAACUUAGCUUUAUCCCUCCAGACGGACGUUUCAUUCUAGCAGGUUACGAGGUGGAUCUACUCCCCUUUACCAAUGGGAAGAGCGGAAGCAUGAGUUCGAAUAGUCUGAGGCUCCCUGUGAGCAUCGAGGUCAAGACUGGCCUAGGAUCAACUGGAUCUGAUUUUGAGGUUCGACUUAACACAACAAAGAACUUUGGGAAUUCAGGCUCUUCAAUGUCUGGGUCAUCCGGGAGGGGAGGAGGUCCAGGCGGAAGGAGCUUCGGAGCCUCCCACCCGGGCUCGGCCUCCGCACCACUACUGCAAGAUCUCAUUGUUUCGGUACCGUUGCCUGCCGAUGUUAGGAACUUAUCGGAUGUUCGGCCGACCAAGGGAGACGCCAGUUUUAGUAUAGGAGAAAAGGUGCUUGAAUGGCAUAUACCAACCAAAGAGCUCUCGGCUGGAUCAUAUUUCAGUCUUCGAUGCUCGGUUCAGGGUCCCAUGGCGGAUGACCAAGAAGACGAUGAUCCUAACGGCUUCGGCUUCGGCAAAGACUAUACUUACGAUGAGCCGUAUCAAAGCAGUAUAAAUAAUAAGCCAAAAGAUAACGAAGGGGUUUCGUCAGGGGAGAAGGACGCAAAGAAAAUUGCGCAGAACAAAAUAUUGAUGCCGAGUUCUGCGUCAGUGAGCUUCUCAGUCAAGGGAUGGCUAUCGAGCGGAAUCCGAGUUGAAAGUAUUCUAAUCGACCCCAGAAAGAGUCGUGGUAUCGGCGAGAGCUUGAAGCCGUAUAAAGGGGUCAAGUAUCUGACUAUUAGUAAGGGGGGUGUUGAAAUUAGAUGCCAAGGGGUUCAGAAAGUUGGGAUGUUAACACCUUGGAUCGAAGCCUUUCCGCGCACCGCCGCUCACAUUAUCGACGAGAUCGACAGCUAUAUGGGCUUCAAGCUAUCUGACAUAAUACAAAAUGGGCCAAGCACGAUGCUGACUGCGACACCCAAUGCCCAGCCUGCGAUCAUGUCGACCUCGAUUCUCAUCCUUCGUAUUCUCGAGCGCGAGUUCGGCUUCCAUGUUACUGAACGAGCAGACGUUUCCCUCGGGCAUUCACUAGGUGAAUUCGCCGCCCUAGUAGCCGCCGGUGUGUUGGAAUUCGAGGACGCUUUGUACAUGGUGCGCAAGCGGGCAGAGGCUAUGGCGGAAGCUACCCGCAGGGCCCGGGAGAAAUACGGCGGCGACUACGGCAUGGUGGCUCUGGUCACGGAGCCGGAGUACCUGAACCAGCUCAUCAAAACCAUAGACGAUUUCGUGGGAUACCGCAGCGCGGGUGCGAGGAGCGAGAGCGCCGACUCUAUGAAGCCAAUUGACCAGGUGCUGAUAGCAAACGUCAAUAGCAAGAACCAAAUCGUCCUAAGCGGUAGCGUACAGAGGAUCAAAGAAUUAACGGCUCAUGUUCGACAAUUCCUUGGCCACGACCCAAGAGCGGUUCGAUUAAACAGCGAUAGUCCGUUCCACAGCCCCAUAAUGAAGCCGGCGGUUAAUGUGGUGAAGGAGUUGGUCUCGAGAAAGAGCAGGGUGAAAGGCCGCGAAAACGAAGACGUGAUCACCUUCCCGGGGCGAUUAGAGUGUAUAAGCAAUGUGAGCGCCAGGCCAUUCGGGAGCGUUGCAGAAGUUAAAGACCUCCUGGCGCGCCAGUGUCUUGAGACGGUCAGGUGGUGGGACAGCAUCAAGUAUCUAGACCAAGAACAAAGGGUCCGGAGAUGGAUUGGUGUCGGACCCGGUAAGGUUGGCAGGAACCUCGUAGGCAAGGAGGUCGGUAUGCGCGGCACGGAUUGGGUCAAGGGAGGCGGCGUUUGGGCUAUCACGGAUCCGUUUGAGAUCGAGGACGUGCUUAAAGGUCUUGAGAAGACUGAGCUUUUGGUAGAUGAUGAAGAUGACUAUCAUUUAUAA